AUGAAUACGACAGCAAUAUUCUUUCUGCUAUUCACUUUCGGCAAACUUUUCAUGGCUGAAGAUUGUCCCGAAAGUUGUGCAUGUUCUCCGAAGCCGAACGGACAAUUAACCAUAGACUGUUCAGGCAGCAACCUGAAAACAUUUCCGAAGAUUUCUCCCGAAGUUACAUUUGCCAAUUUUUCGAGCAACUUCUUUGAAUUUAUCGACAACUCCACCUUCGCAGAAAAAGAGAGCUUGAAAAUAGCUGAUCUCGAAAGUAAUCAGAUAUUUUCGUUGGGCGCCGAAAUUUUCCGAGGAUGUUCAAAUUUACAAGAGGUCAACUUGCAACAUAACGAGUUGAAAUUUAUAAAUUCGCUGGUUUUUGAUGGAAUUUUUCAAGCUUAUGGCGAUGGUGGAAAAUCUGCAAAAGCUACCCAACCAAUUCGGGUCAAACUUGGAAACAACCCCUGGCAUUGCAACUGUCCACUCAAACAGGUCUGGAACAAGCUCAAAACUCUAGAAGGAAUAGAAAUGGACCCUAUAGUCUGUGCGACACCUGAAAAGUUCGAAGGUCAGCAACUGUCGAAUCUCAAUGACCUUUGCGAGCAGAGAAUGUCAACGCACGACUUCGUCAUAAUCUGUCUGUCAGUGCUGACCGUUUUGGUAUCGAUUGUAGUUACUGUAGCGGAUGAAGUAAUAGUGAGAAGAAACUCCUCGGCAGACGAGGACAACUCGGAAACGGAACUGGCCAAAAAAAAUCUACGAGAAGAGCAGCCGACUGCAUCACUCGGAGUUUCGCUCGGGAAGCGGUGUGAAGUCGGAGUCUAA